ACCAUAUAAAAUUCUUCAGAAAAUGGAUCCUUGUGAGCAAAGUUGUGAAGAAUGGAGUUCCCUUAGUGGAUUUUACACAGCUGAGGAAGCUGAUUUUAUGGGCCAGUUACUUGAUAACUGUCAAGUCCCUCAGCAUGAUUAUCCAAAUUUCAAUUUUGAAGUUCCAUCUACAUUAUGGCCUGGACAUGACUCCACAAUAGUGAGCAUGAAUAACAGUGACCAUUUUCCUCAAAAUGUUGAUAAUAGUAACAUCAAUUUUUUGAGUUUUUUACAUGGAAGUGACACAAUUUCUGAUGCAAAUGGUAGUUACAACUGUUUGAAUGACGAUCAAGUAGCAAACAUUGGAUACAUAUCCAUGCUGAAUGGUGAUUUCGGCGCUUAUAGUGUUCAAAGGAAUGAUAGUGCACAGAUAACCGAAAACAAUACGGAUGAAGAGUUUUGUCAAGAGGUUAUUGGUGACAAGAGUUUUCAGGAUCACGUGGAAUGUGAAGAGUUACUGGUUUCUGAAUCAGUGGAAGAUGGUGUUAAAAUCAACAUGGAGAAGUCAGGAAAAAGAUCUAGGUGCUCAAUGAAGGUACAAAAGAAUAAGAAAAAUAUCAAACCUAGAAAGAAAUCGAAAUCUAUAAGCAACACUGAAGAGGAUGAAAGUCCUGAUCUUCAGGAGCAGAAUUUGAGCUCAGAGGAGGAUGACUCCAGUGCUUCUAAGAAGCUAAAUGAAGAAGGGUCUUCGAUCUUGAACCAGAAGGAUUCAACAUCUAUGAAGUUAAAAGGAAAAUCAAGAUGUGAUAGAGGUUCUUCCGCUGAUCCACAAGGUGUCUAUGCAAAAAAAAGAAGAGAAAGAAUAAAUGAAAGGUUGAAAAUUCUACAAAGCCUAGUCCCCAAUGGAACCAAGGUUGAUAUCAGUACCAUGCUUGAGGAAGCUGUGCAAUAUGUGAAGUUCUUGCAGGUCCAAAUUAAGCUUCUUAGCUCUGAUGAUCACUGGAUGUAUGCUCCCAUUGCUUACAAUGGAAUGAACAUUGGACUAAACCUCAACAUUACACCUACCAAAUUUCCAUAGAUAUUUAGCAGAAUAUAAAGAGUUGAAGCUGCAUGCCAUUUUGGAACUUUGUGAUUUUUCUAUUCUGUUGAUAGGUAUUUAAUUAUUCAUUAGCACCAUUUAUUUAAUCCUAAGGAUUAACCAUGUGUAUUUUUGAACCAUGAGAUAUUAUUCAUUGUUUCUUGAUUAUUGAAGUUUGUUUCAACCGUUUUACUGGUCAUUAGUCAUUGGCAAUGGCAUCAUAGCUUGUAUACUUCAAAAAUCCAAAAUUAAUUUGUAAACCCAUAAUCCUGUCACAGCUAAAUGAGUUUGGGCAUCAUACCUUGUAUACUUCAA